AUGAAGAACAAGCACAGCCCUUCGCUUCUCACAGUUCCGCUGAUAGUGGCGACAGCAACAACAGCCACGAACCAACUCUUCAUUCCUUUCUAUGGAACCAGUGCUAACGGGUUCAAUGCGCCUCCCCGCGGAUGGAACUCUUUUGGCAUGCAAGCCCGAGGAGGCUCAACGUUCACUCUCAAUCAAGCCAACGUGCAAACCCAAUGCGAUCUUUUGAAUGUCACUGCGGGAUAUACCUUGUGCAGUCUGGACUCUGGUUGGUCAGGAAAUGGAGGUGACCAAUUUGGUCGUCUUGUGCCAGACACUUCUGUAUUCCCAAACUUGACAGCAUUGGCCAAUCGCCUGCACUCGCAGGGCAAGCUUCUCGGCAUAUAUGCACUUCCGGGAGCAUUAUCAGCCGACGCAGGUGUCACUGUUCAAGGAACUAACAUCAAGCUGGGGUCUUUGUUUGACACGAGCCAGCCGAGUUACAAUCUAAGGCAGACGUUUGAUUUCAGCAAGAACGGCGUUCAGCAAUGGCAUAACUCUGUGGUUAACAACUGGGCUGCAAUGGGAGUAGAUUACAUCAAGCUUGAUUUCAUGACUCCUGGGAGCCCCCAGGCCAACGAAGAUCUGCCCGUCAAUAACUCUCUAGCUGCUGUGGCGUAUCACAAGGCAAUCCAACAAGCCAGUCGCCCGAUGAGAUUAGAUCUCUCGUGGAAGCUGGAUCGGAACUCAGCAGCAGACUUCUUCCUUUGGCGCGGUAACGCAGAUGGUUUGCGCCUAGACCAGGACAUCAACAAUGCUGGCGCCAGCCAAUUCUUGGGAUUCAAUACGGUCCAGCGAGCAAUUGAGCAGUACCGAAGCUUUAUUAACCAACAAGAAGAAGACCCUGCGCGCCAAGGUACCCCAAUAAUGAUCCGACCUGACAUGGAUAAUGUGUACACGGGUAACGCUCAAUCGCUUACCGGCCUCUCAAACGUCCAGAGGUACACGGUUGCGAUUCAUUGGGUCGGCGCAGGCGCAAACCUGAUUACUGGCUCGGAUUUAACACAACUUGACACACUUGGGCGGGAGUUGCUUUUCGACCCCGAAUUUCUCACAGUUGCUGACUUCACAGCUCAAUUUCCGAUGCAGCCAAAGAAUCCAUUUGGAACCUCCAAUCCCGGAUCUCAAGCAUCCGAGCAGCUCCAGGCAUGGAUUGCUGGGCCAAAUGCAGGCAACAAGAACGCUGUCGUCGUUCUAGCAAAUUACGGUCCAGACCUCGGACAGGGAGGUUUUAAUAAGAAUCUCCAGGGAGUUCAACUGGUGAACAUCUCACUAUCACUCCUGGGAAUAGCAGAAGGUCAGCCCAACGGAGCGCCUGGUUGGAGCGUACGCAGGGUUCUUGGAGGCGGUGGCUCUGGUGGUCCUGAUCAUGGUGACCUUGGGGUAGCAAGAUCUGUCCUUGCAUCAAAUCUGGGCCCUGGUGAAAGUGUUCUCUACUAUCUCACUGCCACCAACUAA